UAGACUCGACUUGUCGAUUGCACUACACUCUGACUGACUACGCGAAUGACUGAUUCGCCCAGAACAGGCUUGAAAAGGAUCUCUUCAUAAUACCCAACUUGAUGUUGGCUCUUAUUGCUACAUCUGCCACAUGAUCUGAGAAUGAUAGUGCAGAGUCAAAAGUUACUCCAAGGUCCUUCUCACAGUCGGAUACAGAGGCUGAGUUCUACCAUGGUCCAUGGUUCUACCAACAAUUAGGGAAUGAAUAUUUGUCUUCAGAGCGCAUCUGUACGAAUAACGUUCAGGAUCCAUGACUGGUUGGUCAUUGCUUGCUGCAUCACAUCUCUGCACUUGAUAUCGUCAGUGCGUUGUCUCCCAGAAUCCCAAGACACAAUGAGCACCAGACAUAACCGGAUGGAUAGAGGUAAUGGAGAAGGGCCGGCAAGGAAGAAGAGUCGCACAGAACAAUCAUUAACAUCUUACCAGUUCCCUACAACACUAGAGGACUUCCAGUACCAAUUCAAUGAAAAGGGCCAGCUGAGACACACUGUCACAGGGAAGCCUUAUGAGUUUGAAUUCAAGAAAGGUAAUCCCAUGUACAACCAGCGUAGGUACGAGGCCCUUGGUAAAAUCCUCACCCAACACAUCUAUAAACUCCUGGAGACAGAGACUAAGUUACAGAGAAUAGACAUUCCAACAGAUCUUCAAGAAGACGAGCCCAGGAGCUUUGUAUUUGCCAGUAAGAAUGCCUUGGUCACCAGAGACAAGCUACUAGUCCUGAUCAAUGGGGCAGGUGCUGUUAGAGCGGGCCAGUGGGCCAGGAAGUUGAUUGUCAAUGAUUGCCUUGAUAGCGGCACUCAGCUCCCUUAUAUUAGGAAAGCUCUACAGGAGGGAUAUGAGGUUCUUGUCAUGAACACAAAUGAGAACAGAGGUCUGGAUUCCAGAGGGAAGAGCCUAACCAUUAGGAAAAGUUCCAGUCCCUACGAGCAUGGUGUCUAUGUAUGGGAUCAGUUUGUAGCCAGUCGCCCUGUCAGACACGUCGCCAUCGUUGCGCACAGUAUGGGUGGCAGUGUUACAGAACAUAUAGCAAGUAAAAGAGAGCAAUCCUUCCUGAAGAAAGUAUUUGCCAUUGCUUUCACCGAUUCCAUCCACCACUUGGGAACGCCUGGUAUUUCACAUAACAUCAAGAAAUUCUUCGCCAAGAACACUGUGAACUGGGUAUCAUCCAUUCAGCCACUGGACACCCCCCGACCUCCCAAGAGGACCCUGGACAGUAAGCAGGUCUCUGCUGGCACCCAGGUCCACGCUGAGACGUCCUGGACCAGCUUCAAGUCCGUCUUCAAGUUCCUCAAGAAUAAGGAGAACGAACUGGUGAUGACCAAGGGCCAGCAGGGUCGGACCGGACAGAACCCAGGUGUCGCGAGUAUAGCACACCACGAGGACCUUGACGAUGAUGAGGAGGAUGAUGACAGUACUCUAGAACUGAGAAAGGAAUAUUCAGAUGAGGGUAGUCAGGAUAAAGAGGACAGUCAGGAAGAACGGCCUAAGGGAAGGUCAGUUUCUGGUAUUGAUAUAUCAUCUUCGGACGAAGACACGGAGGCUAGUUUUGAUUUCUCAAGGUACAGUGAGGAAUUAUGAUGAUGAUUGGAAAGCAUCGUCAACUGUUAGUGGAACUAUAUAUCAAGGAAGGUACCAUGUUAUCAUUCAUUUGAUGUUUAAUAGCGAGUAGAUUUACUGUAACCGAUACAUUUCAUCAGAGGACACAGAGGAUAGUUUUGACUUCAGUAAGUACGGUGAGGAAUACUAAUAAUGAUAAUAAUAGUUGGUUCUUGUAUAGCCCUAGUGUCUCUCAGAGUUGCCACUCCUGGCGCUCCACAACUAUUAACCCAGCUUUAGCAUAAUGGCACUCUAGCAUUUCAAGAAAUAAUUCCUGCCAGGUACUUAUUUACCUCACCUGGGUCAAGUGUGGCAAACGUAGAUUAAUAUUCUUGCCAAAGGACAUA